AUGAGAUGGCUGGCGGUUGAUGACAGUGGAGAAAAGGGGCUUAUUAUAAUUGUGUUUGUAAUCAUGAAAGGUGGUCAUUUGGGAAGAGCAACACUUUCCCUCAGAGGAUUUGGCAAGGAAUUCGUCUUUGAUGUCGUGCAAAACCGCAUUUUGUUCUCUGCCAAUUAUGUGUCAAGAUUUUUUAAUACUACCGGUUGGGAAAUCAUUGCCAAAAAUGAGAGAAAUGAGAAUUGUUUUUAUCAAGGAAACAUUGAAGGCUUGAAGCACUCGACUGUUGCUAUUAGCACUUGUCAAGGAAUUGAGGGUAUGAUUUAUGACGGAAAUGAGACAUAUUAUAUUCAACCAUUCCCUGAAAAUCCAGAUAGACAUAUCAUGUACCGUGCUUCAGACCUAAAAACUGGCAAAAAACAUUGUGGUGUGAAGCAUUCUGAUUUUACACAUGCUAUGGAGGAUUUUGUUUCUUUAGGAAAACAUCGG